AUGAACUCUGUCGCCAACGGCGACAGCAUUCAACCCUGGUACGGUCUCGAAAGCCGAGCACAGGGCAGCGCAAUCCUGGUAGCUCCCAAUGGCAAGAACGCUGGCUGGGCCAACACCAACGGCGAGGAUGUGGCCCUCAUCGACGCCAUCAUCCAGCAGGUCGAAGGCGACCUCUGCGUCGAUUCGAGCUCUCGCUUCGCGACGGGCUUCAGUUGGGGCGGUGGGAUGAGUUACGCCCUUGCUUGCUCGCGGGCAAAGGAGUUCAAGGCCGUGAGUGUCUUGAGCGGUGGUUUGAUUAGUGGAUGUGAGGGAGGCUACGAUCCCAUCGCUUAUCUGGGUAUUCAUGGCAUUAACGACCAAGUCCUGCCAUUUGGCGGGGGUGUGACUCUGGCGAAUAGGUUUGUUGGGAACAACAAGUGCCAGCCAACAAACAUCGGCAAGCCUGCGUCUGGCAGCGGCGGUUUCGUUCGAGCGGACUUCGACGGGUGCUCCAAGCCAGUUUCGUUCAUAGCUUAUGAUGGAGGACACGUUGGUGCGCCCCUGGGUGUUGGCAGUUCUCUGGCUCCCGAUGCCACCUGGGAGUUUUUCAUGGCGGCUUGA